UGAGAGACGAAUAUUAUUACUCAAACAGAGUUGUUAACAUUACUACUCAGACAUUUAUUUUAUCGGCGAAUUUCGGGAGUUAUUGUAACUUGACGAUCAAAAGUUUUUUUGUGCUCGCCGCUUUUGCUUUAGACUUCCAAACAUUGGAGAAUAUACCGAAUCCCUACCAAACGACGUAAUAGUUCCUUGUACUUUUUGUUUAAAGGUAAGUUAUUGACCGUAGGUUUUACAAGACGUUUAAUUUUUCAAUUUCGUUUUUAACAUAGCGAAAAAUAGCGAUUCAAAACCCAACCAUUUAUUUUUAAUAUAAUUAUUUUCCAGUUGAUUUCUUCUACACAUUAAGAUGUCUGAUCGCAAAGCAGUUAUUAAAAAUGCUGAUAUGUCUGAGGAGAUGCAGCAAGACGCGGUUGACUGUGCUACUCAAGCACUUGAAAAAUACAAUAUCGAGAAGGUAUUAUAAAUUUUACUUUAAUAAUCAUUUACUUACAUCAAAUAUGUUCAUAUUCUAUUCCCAGAGAGGAAUAGUACAUUAAUAUAAAUUUAAAAGUAAUAUUGUUCAAUAGUAUACAAUUGUGUACCAAUUAAUUUAUUAUUUAUUUUUAAUGUAGUUGGUACCUAUAUAUUGUUUACUAUAUAUAAUGUAGGUACUCAAUAGUAAAUUUAAUUUGUUAAUUUUCAAUAAUUAUUUAGUAUUUGCAAGUGAGUAAAUUAUCUCUUAUAGUUAUUAAAGCUAACUGUUCUUAGAAUUUAAAAAAGUUCAUAUUUUAAGUUUUCAUCGUAACUGAAAUCUGCAUUUUAAGAGUGAUUCUAAUAUUAAAUAAACAUAAUAUUUUGUAUUUCUAUCUGAGAAAAAUGAUUAUUCAACUAGUUCUAAAAUAAACAUUUUUGUUUGAGAGUGGUAGGUUAUUUUCAAAAUAUAUUUUCUUCUAGUGUUGUACUUAAUUUAUAUACGUUUCUUUUAGUAGCCUUAACUCUUAGAGAUCUUUGUUUAAAGUUAAAAUUUUCUGUGUUUACAUCCUACUUUUGUAUAUUAUACUUAAUUUAUUAUGUAUUUUUAAUCUAGUAGGCUAAAUUAUUUCCUGGAUGAUUAAUAUUUAUUCAACUGUAUGUUGUUUGUUUUUUGUUUCACAUUUUCUAUAAUAAGAUUUUAUAUUUGAAUAUAAUUAUUACAUUUUGGAUUUAAUAAAUGAUUAUUUAUUUAACAGGACAUUGCUGCAUAUAUAAAGAAAGAGUUUGACAAAAAAUACAAUCCAACUUGGCAUUGUAUUGUUGGCCGCAAUUUUGGAAGUUAUGUCACCCAUGAAACGAGGCACUUUAUUUACUUUUAUCUGGGCCAGGUGGCCAUACUGCUGUUCAAGAGCGGUUAAAUCUCGAGUUGACUAUUGCACACAUGUCCCCUUCCAAUAUGCAAAAAUUUAAUUGAAAAUAAAAUACAAAUAUUUCACCAACUACUCUUAAAAAAAAAAAUAAAUAUUUUUAUGAGCAUUAGCCAUUCGGUUUUUAAUUUUCAAUAACCAAAAUUAUACAAUAUUUAUUACAUUCCCUGAGCAUUUUUUAAAUUUAUUAUUUAUAAGUGUUUAUUGAAUAAUUUAUUGGAAGGGCUUGACAAUUUUUCUCAUUACUAACUAUUUUUAUUUUUAUUUUUUCUAAACUAAAAUGUGCGAGUAGCUUUUAAUAUAUAUAUGUAUACAUAAAUAUAUAUAUAUAUAUAUAUAUAUAUAUUUUAUUUUUUGAGUGCCAUUGACAAUGGCUUAAACUCUAUUCCCCUUGCCAUUUUUAACUCCCUUCUUAACAGGCUACUCAUUCUUGCAUUACUAUUUUAUUAAAAAUAUGUUAACUACACAGUAAAAAAAAAUAUUUUAUUAGUAUUUUCAUGUUUACAGUUUAUAUUAUUAUUAUAAUUAUUUCUAGUCCAUUAAAAAAGCAAAUACGUUAAUGAAAUUUGGGACUGUAUAUUUAAUUUAAAUAGUUAUUUAGAGAUUGUGUUGGAAUGCAUAUAAUGUUCAUUAUACUGAGAAAAGUUUUGUAACUAGAAGAAUGGUUUUUACGAUGUCUUGUAAAUUAUAUGCAAUCCAGCAUUACAUUUUAAUAUUUUAUUAUUUUCAAUGCUACCAGAAUAUGUCACCAAUAUAGAUAACAGUUAAAAGUGGAUUAUAUUGUUAUUGUUUACUUAUGUAUAAUUUUUUUUUUUUUUAUUAUUAAUAUGUUUAUGGUACUUUUAGAUCUUAUAAAAGUUUUUUUUUUUUUUAAUUUGAAUUUUUUUCAUUUUGCAAUUAGAUAUAUAAAAUAUUUUGUGUUUUUGAUGUAAACAAGAAUGUUUCAAGUAGCGACUUAACAUUGAUGAUUAUUGAUUAAUGAAUUCUAAAAUAAAAUUUUAAAUUAACAGUUCUCUAUAUUCUCACUUUAAUUAUAGUAUCGUGAUAAUUAUUUACAAUAUUGUUCUUAAUUUAUUAGCAGUAUUACAAUUUAAAUCCUGAAUGAAUUGCUACAACACCGAAUGUUAAGUUUGUAUAUGUGACACAUCUGAAGCCAGCACACUCUAUCAUGUAUUUGAAAUCUUCCUGUAAA